AUAAAUUAAAUAACAAUUCGAAUUCCCCUCAGUUGUUUCUCUCUUCGACCUCAUUCAUUACCUCACCAAGUCAUCCACCGACCCAUUGACACAAACUUAUAUAUACAGUACAGAUUGAUUGAUUAUUUUUCAUUCAGACCUUAGCAUAUUGAAGAAAGAAUGGAUUUUGAACUGAGAAGGGCAAGAGAGAAGCUUGAAAAAGAACAAAAAGACAGGAAAGAGAAAGCAAGAUUGAGACUUGAAAGGGAGAGAAAGGCUAAAGAUGAAGCUAAGAAACAAAGAGAAGCCAUUGAAGCUGCACAAAGAUCUCGAAGGCUUGAUGCUAUUCAAGCACAGAUUAAGGCUGAUGAGCAAAUGCAAGAAAAUUUAAUUGCUGGUAGAGGAAUUGCAUUUUCUUGUAUCUUGGAAGCUGUACCUUUUCAGGGUAAUGGAGACAAGAUUAAACUUCCAUCUUCCUGUUUCACAGAAUUAUCCGAUCAAGGUGCUUUUGACAAAGGACCGAUAUAUUUCCAAUUAUCUGUGAUUCAUCAAGAAGGCUCUUCUGAGAUGAAAACUACUGACUCAGAGCAGAAAAUCACGCACUCAGGUGUCCUAGAGUUCACUGCAGAAGAAGGUUCUGUUGGGCUUCCUCCUCAUGUAUGGAAUAACUUGUUCCCUUCAGGACCUUUGGAAGUUCCUCUGGUUGAGAUUCGUUAUCGUUGGCUGCCUAAAGGAACCUAUGCAAAGCUUCAACCUGAGGUUGUUGGCUUUUCAGACCUUCCUAAUCACAAGGCUAUCCUAGAAACAACGCUUCGCCAGCAUGCGACUCUUUCUCAAGGUGAUGUGAUCACUGUCAACCAUGGGAUACUGACAUACAAAUUACGGGUUCUAGAGUUGAAACCUUCCUCUAGUGUCUCUGUUCUGGAAACAGAUAUUGAGGUUGACAUAGUUGGUCCAGAUUCCACUUCGGUUUCAGAGACUGCAAAUCAACAUGUUCUGAAGCCACUUACUGUUGGGACCUUGGAAUCUGGAAUGGUCGAGGAAGGGAAUUAUGAGUAUUAUAAAUUUUCUAUCGAUAAUGAAACAUGGGAAAAGAUCGCUUCUGAUGAUAUUAGAGUCGAAGUGAAGAUAGAUGCUGAAACUGGUAGUGGUGAUACUGAUCUUUACGUAUCAAAGCAUCCCCUCAUAUUCCCAACCAGACAUCAACAUGAAUGGUCUUCUCAUGAUAUGGGUUCAAAGGUUUUGAUACUCAGCUCUAAGGAUAAGAACCUAGGGGUGGGUAUUUAUAGCAUUGGUGUAUAUGGAUUCAAGGGAACAACAAAGUACAAGGCAUUAUUAAGUGUUCAAGAUAACAAUAAUCUGAAAACGGGUCAACAGGCUGGAUCUUCAUCAUCCAUGGAAGUUGAUACUGUAGAAUGUCGAAAUUGCAAGCAUUUUAUACCCAAUAGGAGUAUAGCACUGCAUGAAGCGUAUUGUAGCAGACAUAAUAUUGUUUGUCAGCAUGCUGGAUGUGGUAUUGUUUUAAGGACUGAGGAGGCCAAAAACCAUAUGCACUGCGAGAAAUGUGGUCAAGCUUUUCUAAAGGGAGAAAUGGAGAAGCACAUGAAAAUUUUCCAUGAACCCCUUCAGUGCCCCUGUGGAGUAGUGCUUGAGAAGGAACAGAUGGUGCAACACCAAGCUUCAGCUUGUCCCCUACGUCUUAUCACAUGCCGAUUUUGCGGCGACAUGGUUCAAGCUGGGAGUUCCGCUAUGGAUGUGCGGGACCGAUUAAGAGGAUUAUCUGAGCAUGAGAGUGUCUGCGGAUCCAGAACAGCUCCAUGCGACUCUUGUGGCCGGUCUGUCAUGUUGAAGGAAAUGGACAUUCAUCAAAUUGCUGUUCACCAGAAAAGUUAAUGCUGAGAAUUAACUUAAGAGGCACAAGGGUCUGGCUGCCAUGUGAUCAUGCAGUGUAGAAAGUAUGUCUAAAUCCACCUACGAUACGAGUUUUAGACCCUAUUGCUCUAUGGUGGUUAUAAUCAAUUAUUGGUGUGCAAAUUCACUAUUGUUCAUACGAAACGAGAGACCCGACGAAAUAUUGUUGUAUCAUGUGCUUGUGUCAAGUUAUUGAUAUAUGAUUCCUUCUCUACUGCUGGUGGUGGAAACCUGGUUUAAGUUGAAUUUGUAAAUUUUUAAAGAUAGUACAAAUUAUAAAAUGUCAGCUGCUUUCUCUUUUCAGAAUA